AGCCCUCCCUUUUUCCCAGCGUUUUUCCUCCUCUCUCGGCAAGCUGCAGAAUUUUAAUCUCCGAUUAAUUAAUUCCUGAUCCGGGUUUGAUUAUUUUCACACAAUUUAAUAACUUUCCAGUGAAUUACGAUCUGGGUUUUCGAUUUUAUUCCUGAAUUGACACAAUGGAGAACGAACUGUUCGUGAACACCGGACUUCCUCCGUCGCCGGCGCCGGAGAUUGCGAUGCACUUCGAACCGCCGCCGUAUUCGUCGGCGAUGAUGAACUGGCAUUUGAUGUCUUCCUCAACGGGGAUCCAACCACUGGAGCCCAAUCUCGGUCGGAAUCCGACACAGGAUUGCUUCUUCUCAGAAAAGUCAACGGAACAGAGCAUCUUCGACUCUGCUCUCAGCUCACUCGUCUCGUCGCCGACGGCGUCGAACUCCUACUUUUCCGGCGGAGGCGUAGGAGGAGGAGAUAACUUCAUCAUCAGAGAGCUCAUCGGGAAGCUCGGGAACAUCGGCAGCAGCUCCGGCGAGAUCUACGGGACUCCGGCGAGAAAUGGCUCGUGCUAUGGCACUCCGAUGAGCUCUCCACCACCGGCGAAGCUGACUUCUCCGAUGAAGGUGGCCAAAACGACUCCUUUGACCGAAUUCUCCGGCGACCCAGGAUUCGCUGAGAGGGCGGCGAGGUUCUCCUGCUUCGGCAGCCGGAGUUUCAACGGCCGGACAACUUCUCCGAUCUCCGGAAACAACGCUGCCGGAGUCGCCGGAGGCUGCAACAAAGCCGUCAACGGAACAGCCGCAGAGGUGGGAGGCAAUGGGAAGCUGCCACGUGUCUCGAGCAGCCCGGCCCUAAAGCCCACGGCAUUGGCGUCUCAGAUGUGUAAGAAUCCUCCUGGCGAUGAAGAUCAAUGUCCGAUGGUAUGCGGUGAAUUUACCCGGAAAAGAAAGUACGUCCCGAAAGCGAAACCCAAGGAGAAUCCCGCUUCCCCAUCGUCCAAUUCCUUGAAGGAGGAUUCGGAUCCAAAGAGAAGGAAGAAUUCAGAAGAAGACGGGGAGAAAGAAGAGCUGGUCGAGGAAGAAGGAAAGGGGAACAAGAACAAGAACAUAACGAAACCACCCGAAGCUCCCAAAGAUUACAUCCAUGUCCGAGCCCGUCGAGGCCAAGCCACUGACAGCCACAGCCUCGCCGAACGAGUCCGGAGGGAGAAAAUAAGCGAGAGGAUGAAGAUGCUUCAAGAUCUUGUUCCUGGGUGCAACAAGGUUACUGGCAAAGCACUGAUGUUGGACGAAAUUAUAAACUACGUCCAAUCAUUGCAACGGCAAGUUGAGUUCUUGUCGAUGAAGUUAGCUUCGGUGAACACCAGGCUGGAUUAUAACGUGGACACUUUAGUGUCAAAGGACAUGGUUCCUCCAUGCAACGACCACCCCAUGCAUAUUCAGCAAUUAGGUCAAGUGCACCAACAAAAUAAUUUACAAUUACGCCCCAACAUUUCCUCGUUGAGAACAAUUCUCCAAUGUCCAAUUGUCCCUUUGGAAACUUCUAUUCCCCAGUAUCCAAUAUUUUGUGAAGACGAGUUAAACAGCCUUGUUCAAAUGGGUUUUGCACAUUGUCAAUCGGAACCGACGGUCCAAAUGGAACUGCAAAAUAUUCAAAGUUCAAAUCAAGAACCAGAUAUGAAAAUUGAGCUUUGAAUCAACCCUUUAUUUGAUUUUUACAUGAAGUGGAUGUCCAAUUUCAAGGUCCAAGGAAGAAGCGAAGACAAGGGAUUGAUGGGUGUAUAUAACAAUAAAUUUAAAUUGGACCCGACAUUUAUUUUUAUUUUUAUAUAUAGGCCUCUCUACAUAUCUAUAUACAUAUAUAACAUUUUUUCGCCCCCCAAAAGUUAACUUUUUUUUUUACCUAUCUUUUUUCCCCUCUCUUCUAUUAAUUUUGUACCCCAUUAAUUCUUUUUUGUGGGGCUCCAUAGUAAUGUUAUCCAAUGUGAUUUCCUUUGGAUUCUUUUUGCUUUUUUGUUCUCUGUAAUAUAAUACUGUAUCCCCCACUAAAAUGCAAGAUUAUUAUAGUCAUAAUCA